AUAUUCCCCAUUCGCUUGUUUUCAAACACUGAAGAUGCUCAUUUGUUUUUUAUUAUUUUGUCUAUUGAACUUGUCUAAUAACAUAGUGUUAGGGUUGACUGAAUUGAGUUCUUUUGGGUAUCACGUCAAAGUAGGGGUGCCGAGAGCAGAUGCGAUCUUGCGAACUGAGAGUGUGGUGGGGAGAAUAGUGGGGGGCACGCAGACGGCUACGACUGAUGCAUAUCCUUAUAAGGCCGGUAUCGUAGUGACUCUAACCUCCGGCUGGACAUCAGUAUGCGGUGGUUCUCUCCUCUCCGACACCAGGGUGCUAACUGCAGCCCACUGCUGGUGGGACGGACAGAACCAAGCGAGGACCUUCACUAUAGUCCUGGGUUCUUUGACGUUGUUCUCUGGUGGAACCAGGGUGGAUACCGCAGACGUAACCGUUCAUGCUUCGUGGAAACCUGAGGAUAUUUUGUUCGAUGUUGCCAUGGUGAAGAUUGGGAGCGUUAGUUUUAAUAAUAACAUCCAACCAAUCCCACUGCCGUCAGCAGCAGACGUAAACCAAGAUUUUGCCGGCGUUACCGCCAUCGCCUCAGGUUAUGGAAAGACCAGUGACGCUCAAAACAACUUCCCAACCACGACCUCCCUCCACCACGUGACCCUGCAAGUCAUCACCAACACCGUUUGCCAGCAGAGCUUCGAUGUGGCCAUACAUGGCAGCCAUCUUUGUACCUACGGGGCCAAUGGGGUCGGGACAUGUGACGGGGAUUCCGGCGGACCGCUGACUGCUGUGUGGAAUAAUCAGAGGAUUCUGAUCGGUUUGACGUCAUUUGGCAUCGGCGAUCGCUGCCAAGGGGGAUAUCCUUCAGUAUUUAGCAGAGUCACGGCAUAUCUCAAUUGGAUACAAGGAAACAUGUAA